CUCACAGACGACCCAGCUAUACCACCUAUACAUAUUUAAUAUUUUCAUCCUCGAAAGGGAGUCAAAGCCCCUAAUUUUUCGUUAAUGAAUUAAUAUCUGAUGAAUUAGCUUAUGCGAGCUUAUAAGCAUGGCUUCUCUAGUGAAUCGGCUGAGCCUGGCCCUUGGUUUCGUAGCCUUAGCGUUAGCCGGCUACUCCAUUUACCGGCACACACAAACAGCCGUUAAGGGGCAGCUUGAGGUUAACCCAACUUGGCUGGAGUCGGCGCCCAACAUAUUGUCUCUAGGUUCCGGAAAAUCUUCCGGCAAAGUUUCCGACCAAGCCUGCGCAUUCUCCGCCGUGAAAGAAGUGGUGGAUGCUGCCAUAGAUGCGGAAACUCGGAUGGGUGCUUCCCUCAUUCGUUUGUUCUUCCAUGACUGCUUUGUCGACGGUUGCGAUGGAGGGUUGCUUCUCAAGGACACGGCUACUUUCACCGGGGAGCAAGGAGCGGGAGGAAAUGAUAAUUCGGUGAGGGGCUUCGAAGUAAUAGAGAAAGCUAAGCAGAACGUGAAAGCCAAAUGUCCCUCUACUCCCAUCUCCUGUGCAGAUAUCCUAUCCAUUGCUGCCCGUGAUUCUUACACUAAAUUUACCGGCAAAACAUACACCGUGACACUGGGAAGAGGAGAUGCAAGAACGGCAAACCUCACCGGAGCUAACACCCAGCUCGUCGGACCAUCGGAAGACUUGGCAUCCCAAACCCAAAAAUUCGCCGACAAAGGAUUCACCCAAACGGAGAUGGUUGCCUUGUUAGGCAUUCACACAAUCGGCUUCGCCAGGUGUCCCCUUCUAUGCAUUGACGAUUCCUUCGUCAAUCCUGCUCGGGCCUCUUCCCUGCAUUGCAACUGCCAAACAAGCCUUAACAACACGGAUUUGGUCGGUCUGGACCCCACGCCUCUAACGUUUGACCGACGUUAUUACGCCGACGUCGCAAACGGGCAGGGUCUGCUGUUCUCCGACGAUGAGCUGAUGAGGAGCAAUGCGAGUAGCGCCGCCGUCAGGAGGUACCGGGAUGAUAUGUCGGCUUUUUUGGAUGACUUUGCCGCUGCGAUGGUGAAGAUGAGCAACCUGCCACCGUCGCCCGGAGUUCAGCUGGAAAUCCGGGAGGUUUGCAGCCAGGUGAAUGGAAACUUAAAGGUUGCGUCUAUGUGAUCCAAAGUAGAGUUUUCAGGUUAAUAAAAGCGUGUUAAGUGCUAUGGUGUGGUGAAAUUUUGUUUGGGGGUUUGUAAUUAUUCCCAUCUUGUUGUUUCCAAUAAACAAUAACAUAUCUAAUCAGAAAAUUGUAAAUUUAAUUUCGUAUCACUAUUGUAUUAUCCCAACUCCCAAGUACUACCUCCGUCCCAUUUAUAUUGGGACGAAAGAGGGUGGCACGAUUAUUAAGAAAAGUGAGUU